AACGCGGGUGACUACCGCGGCGCGAUCAACUGAAAAAUUCGAUAAGCAUUGAAACGACUCGGCCUGUUUCUAAUACUCUUCUCGAUCCGGUCGGAUGGUUCAGUAGCAGUUCGCGCCUCGCACAGCGUAAACGUUCUUCCCCUAUCUUUUAAAUCGACUCGUUUUUGAAUUUAAGUUAAAGUUAGUUUAUAAUCGAUUCCAAUAAUCGAAGAUUCAUUUUCAUCGAUAAUUAAAAAUUAAACAAUUUUUUUAUAAAUUUUCUUCAUCAUUUUCGAAUCGAUUUUAAGAAACAAGUAAAAAAUGUUCAGUGUAUAAUUCAAUAAAUUUUAUUUAUUGGAGAUUUUUCGUGUUGAAUAUAAGAUUUCGUGAUAUCUGUUCGAAUAAAUUAUAUUAAUAUUUUAUGAAUGAAUGAAUUCCUGCCGAUGGUAUAUUUUGCGAUUGAGAUUUCUUCGUAUAUGAAAAGAUUGAAUAAAUGUGAGAUGAUAAAUAGUUGAAUAAAAGAUUUAAAAAGGAAAAAAUGGAACAACGAACCGUGACUGUGGAACAACACGUUUUGAAUAAGAAUCCGAGCGAAAAUGUGAAGGAUGUGAAGAAACAAGAGAUGGAGACUGCCAAGCCCAAGAAAAAUUUGAUGCGUGACAUUAUCUUCAGUGAAUUGCAAGGACAGAUGCAGGAAAUCAGGCAAGACAUUUUAGAGCUUGUCAAUAAUCGAAUGAAUGAUAUGGUAUCGGAAGUAGCAAACAGAAUCGCUUCGAAUGAGUUGAAAGAUCUGGUUGACUCGGAUAAAUACUCUAACAGAACAAAAUCAACGAGAGAAAAUACUUUGCCCACCAAGCAAUUUCUUCAAAGAAAUUCUUUAUUGACUGAUUUGUACGAAAUCAAACAUAUUCGAACACUUUAUAAUCUUUUCGUAGCAACAUUGAUAAUUCUUUUAAUACACACAGCCGUAUACGAUAUUCGACACACGGGCUCACCUAAUCUUGGUAUAGACACAGUACGAGCUGGCUUUGCCAAAUUUCCAGUAGUACUAUAUGUUUGGUCCCUUAUGAAAAUUUCAGUUCUGGGAGUUUAUGCUGCUUUCUAUUGUUGGGCUACUCGUCGUCUUCAGUAUUCGCCUAAGUCAUUUACCAGAAAAAUAUGGGAUUAUGGAUGGCUGGCAGGCAUUGUUCUUUAUCAGACCUUGUUCUUCAUACUUCCUACCAGAGCUGUACUCGAUAAUGACUUGCCAUUGGCGUCUAGCAUGAUCAUUCUUAUGGAGCAAAUUCGAUUAGUGAUGAAAACUCAUGCCUUUGUGAGGAGUGUUGCACCAAGAUUCUUAUCAUACAAACCUCAUACAGAUACAUCAACGCCACGGCUACCUGAUUUUUCUCAAUAUCUUUAUUUCCUGUUUGUGCCAACGCUGAUUUAUCAAGACAGAUAUCCUAGAGCGAAAAAGAUUCGAUGGAACAUUGUCCUGACCAAUUUCGUUGAAGUAUUAACAAUUAUCUUUUUCGUGGCGCUUCUCUACGAACGUUUGUUAUAUCCAAAUUACCGAGAAUUUGGGAAACAACCGGUUGAGUUGGGAACACUCACACUUAAUAUUCUUGGCUCGAUGUUGCCCGGAAUUCUUAUGUUUCUCUGCGGCUUUUAUCUUCUUUUGCACUGUUGGAUGAAUGCUUUCGCUGAACUAUUGCGAUUUGCGGACAAAAUGUUUUAUAAAGAUUGGUGGAACUCCAUCUGCUAUAGCGCCUAUUAUCGUACCUGGAACAUCGUUGUCCACGAUUGGUUGUACACUUACAUCUACAAGGACAUGUACGAGAUCUUGACACCUAGGAACAAGACACUAUCCGUCUGCAUGGUCUUCGCCAUCUCGUCCAUCAUACACGAGUACAUCCUCAGCUUCUCCAUUCGUUUCUUUUAUCCCGUAUUAUUGUUAUUGUUCGGUGUUGUCGGUCUCACGGUGGUAUUCGUAUUAAAAUCAGCCGGAAACGUGUUCCUCUGGUUCAGCCUGAGCGUGGGCAAUGGAGUAUUGGUCAGCUUGUAUUGCAUGGAGUAUUUCGCCAGAAUUAAUUGUCCAUCGACUCGUGACGAUUUCUGGGAUCUCGUGAUUCCGAGAACUUGGACAUGUAUCUUUAAAUGAGGAAGAUUGAGAGCUAACUUGUGUAAACAUUGUGUAAACUGCAGAAUGCAAGGCUUAAUACUUCAACAUCACAAUUUAAAUUUAAAUUAUCUUUAUUGGUGAAUGAUUUGAGAAGUAUUCACUGUAUAAAAUCUAAAGAAAAA